AUGAAGCGUACCGCAAGGCUCCUCGAUUCCAUCGGCCGAGGAGGCCAGCCGCAAGCCCGCCGAACCUCCCCUUCAGGCGUCAGUGUCUUUUCCGGCAUCCAACCGACCGGGGUCCCGCACUUGGGGAACUAUCUGGGCGCCCUCCGCCAAUGGGUCGGGAUCCAAGACAACUCGCCCAAGUCUGCCAGGCUCACCUUCUGCAUCGUGGACCUGCACGCCAUAACGCAGCCGCAGGAGGUAGAGCAGUUGCGGAAGCGCAAGAUGGAGCUGCUUGCUACGCUUUUGGCUAUCGGAUUAGACCCUAGGAGGUGCACAAUUUUCGAGCAGAGUCGUGUGCCGGCACACUCGGAGUUGAUGUGGAUUCUGAGCUGUUUUGCGCCGAUGGGGAGGUUGAAUCGUAUGACGCAGUGGAAGGUGCGUAAGUUUCUCUGACAUUACCUCUCCUCACCCUCCUGGAUGAUGGUUUCUCUAAGACUUGCUGUUGGGGGGAGUAGAGUAAGCUUGGGGUCUCUUCAGACCAGGAUGCCCUCGGGGAGAGGCCUGCCACGGCCGGCUUGAAAUUGGGACUGUUCUCGUAUCCUGUUCUACAGGCGGCAGACAUUCUGAUACACAAGUUUGCGCGCCUUUGAUUUUGACCGGGGGAUUACGAGAGAUUGUGGCUAAUGGGGGUAAUAGAGCUACACAUGUCCCGGUUGGUGAAGACCAAGCCCAGCAUCUGGAGCUCACGCGAGAGGUCGCAUCAAGUUUCAAUAAAGCCUUCGGGAAGGAUAUCUUGAAAUUACCCAUCACCCUUCUCUGUACCACUCCCUCAGCCUACGCAAGUGCAUUUGUAUCUCUCUCCCGGAACUAUCUAAUCAAUCACUUUAGCACCGGCAAAGCGCAUCAUGUCACUCAAAGACCCCACUCAAAAGAUGUCCAAAUCAGCUGCCGACCCUGCCUCCUGCAUCCUCCUGACAGACUCACCAAGAGAAAUUCACGACAAGCUCAGAAGGGCUGUAACAGAUAGCGUCACCGGCCCUCCGACCUACGACGUGCAGAAGCGACCAGGCGUUUCAAAUCUCAUUGAGAUACUUGCCCACAUCCGGCGUCAACAGGACUUUGACAACGUCGCCAGGGACGUCUCGGAUUUGAGUCUCAAGGCGUUCAAAGAUCUUGUGGCAGACACUAUCAGUGAGCACUUGGAACCCAUCCGGGACGAGUACGAGAAGAUCAUCGCGGAGAGUAAUAGAGAAGUUCUACGCUUUGUAGCGAGUGAAGGGGGGCGGAAAGCUCGGGAGAGUGCCGAGGAGACGUUGGCGGAGGUUAAAGAAGCUGUGGGAAUAUAAAAAGCAUUGAAGGAGGGUUUGCCGCACUUUUCUGUGUGCGGUAUUGUAUCAUAUUUGCUUUAGCUUUUCCUGCGUGGAAACUAUUUCCCCCCUUUUCUUUCUUCUUCACCCUUUCUCCUUUUACCUCUAAGGUGGUUACAUACGAUACUCCCUCCUUCCCGAACAUGUAAAUCUAUCAUUUCGGUUCCCAAUUUGAUGAUGGUAUCAUAGACUAUGGCAUUCGGAGCAGUAGCAUACAAUAAUAGAAUUACAGCAGUCCUCGGGGGUGUCGGUACAAAACGGAAUAUGUAGUGCGCCUGAAGGGGUGCGGCUGUGGAGUAGGAGGGAGCGCA